AUGGCCAACCAACAUGGCGGAGCGCUGGUCCAAGAUGGCGGGUUUAAGGCAUCUAUACUACUAGUAGCAACCGCUAGAUCGGUUGAGGCAUGGUUGAGCAGAGAUGCUCAUGUCAUGUGGCAACAAAGAAUCGUUCGAGGAGAAGCCCUGCAGAGUUGCCCACCCGACUGCCGUCCGACCCUGUGGAAACGAUACGUCGAUGACACCUUUGUCAUUGCACCACGGGAUCAAGCCAGCCGUCUGCUCGACCACCUGAACAGUCUCAAGCCCAGCAUCCAGUUCACCAUCGAGAAUGAGCAAGACAACAGCAUUGCAUUCCUGGACACCAUGGUCCACAGGGAACCCGACGGCAGCCUGACCAGCACCGUGUAUCUCAAGCCUACCCACACUGACCAGUACCUGGCCUUUGACUCACACCACCCAGUGUCCGUCAAGAGGGGCGUUGCCAAGUGCCUACAUGACCGCGCCUCACGCCUAGUCACCAGACCGCACCACACAGCCGCCGAGAGACGCCGAGUCACCGCUGCCCUCACGGCGAACGGGUAUCCAACGUCCUUCAUCCGGCAGUCAUCAAGACCCAAGACCAGCACCGAAGUGGAGCGACCGGAGUACAAGGCUUUCACCGUUCUUCCCUUUGUGGAUGGUAUCUCCGGACGGCUGGAGAGGAUCCUGGAGGACCACGGCGUCCGCACCGUGUUCCGAUCAUCCACCACCUUGAGGAACCAACUCGUGCGUCCUAAGGAUCUCAUCCCACCCGGAAGACGCGGAGGAGUGGUCUACAAGAUACCAUGCGGUGACUGUGGCAAGGUGUACAUCGGCGAAACUGGCAGACCAGUCGUAAACGAUACAAUAUGA